UCAAAACUAACAUUUGUGUUGUUUUUGUGGAACAGUCUCACAAUAUCUGCGAGAAAUCGGUCAGAGAUGGCGAACCUCGCUGAAACCCCACAGGAGUUCAAGUACGAGACAAAGUUUGUGGUCCUCAACUACCUAGGAAUCCUACCAAGGUUUGAGGAGAUCGGGGAUGAGUCUGAUGGUGAAAGCGAUGACAGGCUGGAUGACGACGGGGAUGAUGCCAUGAGCUUUGGGUUAAGAAGUCAAGCUAGUUCACAUUCACAAGAUACGCCUUCGAGCAUCGACAGUGACUCCUGCAGCAGGGAUAGCGAGGAGUUCCGUCAGAUCCGGCGAAUUGCCGCUGCGGGAAUCCUUGCAGGGAUGCCCCCUCAUGAACAAGAAUCUGCAGUACGUAGCAUCGAUUCUUCCACUGUAGCCUUCCAGGGUCAAGGACUUGAGGUGGAUGCUCUAGGUUCCGAGGACACACUUGAAGGGUUUCACCUUCCGACCGAUGACCUGACAAGAGAUGCUGUCUCGUCUAACACCUCGUCGGCAUCAAGUUCAAAGUUUGGGGUAUCACCACCAAGCUUCACCUCCAGGAUGCCAGCUCUUAAAGUCUCUCGGGCAGAAUCUCCAAGAUCACGGACGUCCAUGUUGAGAAAGAAGAGAAGUCGAGAUGCUUCUUUAGAUGAAAGUACCAAACAGAAGAUGAGUAACGUUCUCUCGGAGCUUGAGAGUCAGUUCAAACAAGAGAUGGUGGAGGGAGGCAUGGAUUCGGCCGGCGUAUUGUGCGCCAUCAGCAGGGAGGCCCUCGUGGCCGAAAGAAUCGCUCAGAUCGGAGACUGCAUCAUGCUCCACCAUCAAGGCGAGCUCGAACAGGCUUACCAGCAAGCCAUGUCACACGGCGCUGGACCCCUCAACUACGGUAGCUUCAAAUCGGGGAUGAAAAGCUUAGUCAAGAACUCGGUGCCGGGCUGGUAUCAUGUCGCAGUAAUGAUGAAGUAUACAAGACAGAUGGCAGUCAGUGUGUUGGAUCAAGGGAGUAGAGGAAUUGCUGCCGUCACAGACUUUGCAGCGCAGUACAUUGAGGAGAAUCUAGCUCAAGCUAUUCUAGAGCAAGGUGGUUGGGAUGCCAUAACCAAUGUUGACCUAGACAAGAUAGAUAAUGAAACCUGGUCAGAAAUAUCUUCAGGGAAUCCUUCGCCUCAAGGUAUCCAAUCACCUUCCCACACCACCCCUCCUCUUUUCAUGGAUGAAGAUGGCUUCCUGUCGCCUCGCCAACGCAAAUCAGGCACCACCAGCACCAACCAAGCCAACCAACCACCAGACCCCAUGUCAGGUUUGAAUGCUGCAUCCAACAUCAAGCUGGAAACGGAGCAUGGAGCUACCGACCGAGACGAGUCUGAUUCCGUCUCCUCUGCGGUAUCCAGACCCCAAGGGCUUCUCCUGGACGGCUCUGUGAUGCAGACCAACACGGACCUUAGCCCUGGCAGGAGAAGGUACCAGUCGGAGAGGGUGGCGGACCAGCCUGACCUGCUUGAUCCUGAUGACUCUCCCAGGAGACGAGCUUCAAGCUUUGGGUCAAAGCCCAUUAUUGCCACAGCUGCAGCGUGUACCGCUACCGUCGCUGCUGUGGCGGCAGUAGGCGCAUAUGCUCUCCUGAAGAAGUGAGAUGAAAGUCCUGGGGAGGGUUUCAUGCAGCAAAUAGUCUAUGACAGAUUUGCUCUGAGGCAAUCAUAUGCAAGGACUACAGUACCUUAUAAUAUUUGUCAGUUAAAGCCACUGAGAAAACUUUUCAUGAUGUACUCCCUUAACAUCAUCUGGGGCCCAUAACACAAAGCUUAGCAACCGACAGAACAUUUUUUUUUAUGAUUGAUCGCAUAGACUUCAAUGUAGAAUUAAUCAUGAAAAUCAAGCGUGCAAUCAAUUGCUAACCUUUGUGUUAUGGGACCCAGGACUGUUGAUUGGCCUUUCUUGGUUCAUGGUGCGUUCAAAAUGGAAAAAAGUAUAUUCUUAAAAGAAGUCUUUGCACCAAACACGUCCAAUUUUGUAGUGACUGAAAUGGGAAUCAGGCCUGUAACACAAAGCUUAGCAAACGUGGGGCGUCGUGGUCUAGUGGUUAUAAAACUCUCGUCUCUCUAUCUGAGGGACGUGGGUUCGAUUCCCAGCUACGGCAUGGGCAUAAGGAUUCAGAGACCACUGAAAUCUAUUCUCAUUGUUACUCCAUCAGAGUUUGAAGUUUUGAACAACUCUUUUGUAAGUCCAGUUUCUCAAGUAGGUCUAACCCUAUGAGCACCCAUGCCUGGAAUAUCUCAGGCUAUGAUCGAUGGAAAAUACAUUGAUGGAAAGUGCUUUCAGUUAUCCUUGGGGGUUUCUGUGUCUUAUUUCAGAUCAUCUUCAGGGAGGAAACUUUUGAAAAUGGAAUUUUUUAUGCAUAAAGUCAAAAUAGAGACAACAGACUGACCCAAUUAAGUACCGGUAACUUAUUGUCAAAUGGAACUUCGUUUCCAUAGCAUUUGGGAAAUGCUGAAUUUGGUGGUCAAUAGGAUUAGUUGCAAAUAUGGUACAAAUAACCCACACUCAUGCUGCAUUUAGUGAAUAAGGUGUCAGAGCAAUAUUUUCCAUACAUUUUACUAUCAGGUAGUUACUUGUUGAACAAAUUUUGUACCAACUGAUUAAAAAAACAUCCCAUCCCUAUUGAUAAGUGGAACAUUCCAAAAUGUCAUGUACAUACAUUUCAUCAAUAAUGAUUAUUAUUAUUUAUGUUAAUUUGCCUUUUCUUUUACUGUCACAGUGGUUGAUAAUUUUUCUUUAUUUUCCCAUUAAAAAAAAUGCACAUGUUCUUGCCUUUAAAGCUGCAUAUUAAAAAAAAAAACAUGUUGCCUGCCCCAACUGGGUAGUGUUGUACAAGACCUAUGGAAAUGGCAGAAUUUAAUGAGUUAAGGCCCUUGCUAUAAAGAAUAUGUGACAGACAUUUUAACAGGCAUUCUGCGAUAAUAGCAUUAUCUGUAUGCACAUUAUCACGUUUUCCAUUCUAUUUUUCUCUAUGCGAGGAUCAGCAAAAAUAGUAAUAAUAAUAAUGAUAGGCAUUUGUAUAGCGCCAUCUAUCACGAAGCAUCCAUUCCGAGGCGCAUUGUUAUCAUUAUUAUUACCCGGCUUUAGCUCGAGCUGCCUUUCAGCGCUCGUGCAACCAAUGAAAAGCUACUUUCGUAAAAGAUGUGAUUCUGACUUUUACUAAGUUAUCUUACAUUGUAUUUUAGCCAUAUUGUCUUGUGUCACUUGUAGUAUAGCAGCACAAUGCAGCUGUGCCAUAUUAGAGUAAAGUAGGACCUUAUAUCUGUUUAUUCAUGGAUUCUCAUGUAGUUGUGUAAGGAAAUACAUUAACCUGUCAUAUUAGGGUAAGAAAUUACAUUAACCUGUCAUAUUAAAAUAAGGUCGAAUA